GAGAUGUACCUUGUAAAUGAACUGAAAGACUGGCAAACAAAAGGUGCUAUACUGUGCAUGAAUGCUACCAUUGACCCUGAUCUGAUAAAGACGGUUCAACAAGAUGUGAGUGCAUUGAAGAAUGACAUAGACAAGAUGGCAUUUGAAGAAGAGGUAAACAGAGAGAAUGUAAAGAAGGCGCUACAUGACUCUCAAUUAGUUCUGGAGCAAUUGAGGGAAAGAGUUGCCAUGGUAGAACAUGAACAAGAGGUCAUCAAGCAGGACCAAAGCUCUCUGUGCGAGAAAGUGAACACUACACAAGAACAAAUAAGUGAGCUUAAAUCUGAACAAGAAGAUGUGCAGCAACGUGUCGCAUAUCUGGGAGAACAUUUGGGCAAACAAGUUGCUGUUGCAGAACGAGAACAAGAGAUUACCAAGCAAGAACAAGAGGUCAUCAAGCAAGAACAAGAGGUCAUCAAGCAGGAUCAAAGUUCUCUGUGCGACAAAGUGAGCUCUACACAAGACCAAAUAAGUGAUGUACAACGACGUGUUACUUACCUGGAAGAUCAGCAGACCCAAAUAAAUUAUGAAAUUGCCAAUUGUGAAUCAGACAUCGCCUUUCUUGCUGCACAGCAUGAUCAUACUGAUGACAUGCUGAUGAUGAUCAUGAUCCUGCUGAUGAGUCCUCUAUCAAUCAAUGUUUUUAAAGAAUGGAAUUCUCCAGGCCUACUUAAUCUAUAA